UAAAUAAAUGUGUUCAAGAGGCAUAUUUUAAUUAAAAUUCCUUCAAAUAUUCUAUUGUGAUUAUGGAGGCAGCUCCGCAAAAAUCAGAUUAUUCUUACCAACUUUGAUUGAGCAUCCUUUAUUGAAUCAACCUAAAAUAAACUUGCAAAUUUAUAUGAAAAAAAAUACUCAUCCAUAUUUAAAUGGAAUAUAUGUUAAUGGAUACCAAAAAUAAAUAUCUUUAAAGGGAUUAGAAGAUGAUCAAGAAAUUAUAGAUAGAAUUGCAUUAUUGAGAAAUUCAUGUAUAAUAAUUUAAUAUUAAUUAGUCGGAUAAUAAAGUGUAAGACAUGCUGGUAGAAAAGUGACAACACUAACACCAUCUAUCUAAGGAGGUUGGAAUGAGAAUCUAUUCAAGACAAAUAUAUAUCCUAGACAUUAAAUGGAAAUAUCUAGGUCUUAUCCCCCAGUGGAAGUCCCAGAGCCAAGGAUAGUACCACGUGAUAAACCAAUUGAUGUUUAUGAAAAAAGAGUAGAUCCAUACUAAUAAAUCUAAAAGCCAAAAUUGGGAGUUAAGAAAGCAACUAAUAUUUGA